GCGUAUGAGAGCGUGGGUCAAAAUGUUUGCAGUCUGUUUGUGGUUCCUCGCGUGUAAUUUGCUCGUUCUUUUCGGACUGUAGCUUGUCGUGGCCAGUAAUACCAAUCUUUAAAGCUGUAGCAAUGUAGUUUAGGAUCUACUUCGCUGGUAACUUCUCCGGUUUAAAGGGACAUUAACGGCUAGAUGUAACGCUCUGAUCAAAGAAACCGCGUCUACUGUAACAAACGGCAUCUUUGUUUCUGGUGGUUUUAGUUGAAAUGCCUGUAUCUUAAUUUCAGUUCCUCAGGACAUGAUUUCGGAGGAUGGAAACGAACGACGACGUGUCACUUAGAGAGCAGCUCUUCCACGACCGGGUCCGAGAGAUCAUCAUUUGCGUGCAGCUCUUUGUCUGCCUAUACAUCUUGUCCUACCUCAUUCUGACACAUUUCAGGAAGAAUGCCGAGUUUGUUACGGAUGAUGUUGAGGAUGCCACUGUGAAUAAAAUUGUGCUGUGGUUGUGCACGUUCACUCUCUCUGUAGCCGUGGGUGCAGUUCUCCUCCUGCCCAUUUCCAUCCUGUCCAACGAAGUCCUGCUGACUUUUCCGCACAACUACUACAUGCAGUGGCUCAACGGGUCGCUUAUCCAUGGUCUCUGGAACUUGGUCUUUCUCUUUUCCAACCUCUCCUUGGUCUUCCUCAUGCCCUUUGCUUACUUCUUUACAGAGUCGGAAGGCUUUGUUGGUUCCAAAAAGGGUGUCAUGGCCCGGGUGUACGAGACUACUGUGAUGCUGCUUCUGCUCAGUCUGCUGGUGCUUGGCAUUGUGUGGGUGGCAUCAGCGCUCCUCCAUGAUAACAUGGCCAGGGAAAAUCUCUACGACCUGUGGGAGUAUUACCUGCCCUACCUCUAUUCUUGCAUCUCACUGUUCGGAGUGCUGCUGCUAUUAUUGUGCACUCCCUUUGGAAUGUCACGGAUGUUCAGCAUCACUGGAAGUUUAUUGGUUAAACCACGGCUGUUGGAGGAUGUGGAGGAGACGAUGAACUGUGCUGUGUUUGAAGAGGCUUCUCUAUCCAGGAAACUCAACAAUAACAGCACCUCCUGCUGGCUGAUCCUGAAUAUAGAGGCAAUGAAAAGGCAGUUUGUGAGCAUACAGGCCAAGCGCAUGGCUCUGGAGACUCGGAGGAAGGCGUCUGCGUGGCAGCGUAACCUGGGCUACCCACUGGUCAUGCUGCUGCUCCUAGCUUUAACUGUGGUGUGUGUGCUGAUGGUGUGUUUUCACGUGCUGGAACUGCUUUUUGAUGAGUCCGCCAUGCCCAGGGGAAUGGAGGAUCCACACCUGGGUUUGGCUUCCUUCUCUAUGUUUGGCUCUCUGGGGGCCACUAUGCAAGUUGUUCUUAUCCUCUAUCUGAUGGUGUCUUCAGUGGUGGGUUUCUACAGCUCUCCUCUCUUCAGCAGCCUUCUGCCUCGAGCUGAAGACACGAACCUCACACAGAUCAUAGGGAACUGUGUGUCUCUCCUGGUGCUCAGUUCGGCUCUGCCUGUGUUCUCCCGUACUCUGGGAAUCACAAGGUUUGAUCUGCUUGGGGACUUUGGACGGUACAACUGGCUGGGAAACUUCCACAUAGUCUUCCUGUAUAAUAUGCUUUUCGCUGGUCUCACCUCCGCCUGUUUAAUCAACACGGUCACGUGGGCCGUGCAGAGGGAACUCAUCCGUGCCUUUGGUCUCCAUCGCCUGCCUUUUACCGUGUCCCGAUCGGCAGUCCAUGUCAGGCUCCUGUUGACAAGUGGACUCUCAAAAAUCCAGUGAUUUUAGCACUUUCCUGGUAGAUCAGUGGAGGAAGUAUUUUUAAAUGCAGUGGAAGAUUUCAGACCAGAGGCAAGACGUGUUCAGUCUGUCAGCCUACGGAUGACCAGAAGGCUGGUGGAGGAAUGAGGUGUCUUGCAGUCUGGUGAAGGUCAAAGCAGCUGCCUGUGAAGUGAUGAUCAUCGCUUCACCUACAGGACCUCAAGCGUUUAAGCUUUCACUGCAGGUUUUAUUGCAGGUACCGUGUGGCUCCACAAACACGGGAAGCUCUUAAAGAGGGGUCAAGGCUGCCUUCAGGUUCUCUAAAGGUCAUGUGUUUACAUUUUCUGACCAAAUGCCUUAAUGAAACAUGCGCACUGGCUGUCAGAGGUGCGACUCUGACACCUGAACAUUCACUGACGCUAUUUCAGAGAAUGACCUCAUAAACUCAACUGUCCCUUUCCUGUUGAGCUCGGCCAAGACGCCUUCCUCCCACACACCACUAUUUUUAGUGUGCGUCCAUCCCAUUGCUGUUCUUCAGUGGGUCUUAAUGACACUUUCGGAGGAAGGCCGUCGCAGGAAGCCCAGUUUGAUGAGGGAGGGAGGAUACAGGAUGCUCCUUACAUUUUGAUCAAACAACCUCGUUAGAGUGAAUAGAGAGUACGUUUCUCCUCAUGGAGUUUUAUUUCCCCUCGGUGUUCAAAAAGCUCUUAAGUGCCAAGUUAAUGUUUCAUAGUUGAGUUUCAUGUGAAGCUUAAUUCAAACUUGCCUUCGAGAUCCUUUUGUGAUAAAUCCAGGUUUUUAAAACUGUCUUGGACCAUUGUAACUGUGAAUAUUAUUUUUUUAUGUGGUAAUUAAGCAUGUGCAAUAAUAUAUUUGUAGUGUAUGUUGGAUGUGAGAUUAUUUUCCAUCAGUGCCAGUCCUAAAUACAUGACACGCAGUGUUUAGUCACUGAAAUGCAAACACUUUUUAAUUACUGAUAUACAGGGAGAAUUAGCUUGCAUAACUGACAGUGAUGCCGCUUUUCUUCUCCGGGACUAUUUAUAAUCUUUUUUUUUUUUUUUUUUUGGUGUGUGUCUGUGUGUGUCUGUGUGUGUCUGUGUGUGUCUGUGUGUGUCUGUGUGUGUCUGUGUGUGUUACAAACUAUUUAUACCUUUUCGCUUUUACUUCAUUUGCUGUAUCAGCAUGUUUUAAACAAAUGUUCUACAAGCAAUGGCCAGAAGGGGACAGUGUAUUCCAGUCAGACUGCAAGGUUUUGUUUAAUGUGCUUUAUUUCUCCUCAGAUGGAAUGGCAUUGAAAAAUCUUUCUUUCUUUCUUUUUUUUUUUUUUUUUUUUUGCUCUCUUACACUACCUUAUCAAUGAUGAGCUCACUUUUUCCACAAUAUGCGUUUGUAUUGCACAAUAUGCGUAUUGUAUAUGCAUGUGGUUGAUGUAGCUGGUAGAAAGAUUGAAAGUCAUUUUGAGCUGUCUUAAUUAGCAAUUAUGAUCUAAUCGGUCUUUAAUUGUUAAAAAGGGUGUUUUUUUUUUUUGUUUUUUUUUUGUUUUUUUAAUUCCAUAGAAAAAUCUGUACCAAUACAAUGACAAGGGUAUAAAAACAUUAAUGAAUUUGCCAAACACAAUUACACACUGUUUACAUUGUCUGUUAAUGAACAUUUGAAUCACACAAAAGAACAAUAAAUGUAUUUUCAUCCGUU